AUGCAGUGCAGCGGCGCCACAGGCGCAUGCAGGCGCGGCGGCCGCGCUGCGGCUUCUGCUGCUGCUGCUGCUGCUACGUCUAUUACUGCUGCCUGGCACCCUCAGCAGCAUCCGGCUACCCAGAGACCAUAUGAGUGGCUGCGACGGCCUCUUUCCCUACGAUGCGGUGCGGGGCCCUUUGGGGUUCCUUGCUUGCGCCCGCCCGGGCCCCGCAGUGGAGGUAGCUGCGUGCUAAGCAGCGCCAGCACAGGUUUCGCCGGUGCGUCUCAAUCUGCUGCUUCAGCAUGCUUCGCGUCUGCUGCUGCAGCAGUGCCCAUUGCUGUUGCUGCGGGCAGCCGUGCAGCAGUUGCUGCUGCAGCGCGGCAGACAGGGGCGCUGGCGGCCUCGGGCGCAGCAGCAACAGAAGAGAUGCAACAGGUGGACGUCGGCGGCGGGUUGGUUCGUGGUGUGAAGGGAAGGGGCCCAGAGGGGAGGAGUGACGAUCCCGCGAGCCUCCCGGAAGGGGGGACCGCUGAAGGUACAGCUUCUGGCGUGGUACUGCAGCAGGACGAACAGCAGCAGCAGCAGCAGCAUGGAACUACAGCAGGACCCUUAAAGGGGGGAGUUCCUUUGGGCGCAGCUUUUUGGGGAGCGGGCGCUGUAGGAUGCACCAUAUGGGCCCUUGCCUACAUGCGUCAGCACAACAUGAGCUUCACAGACUUCGCGAAGGAUCUGUGGCGGCGUGCAGACGCGCAGAUGACAGCCACACACGACCGCAUGCAGUGCGCAGUCGAGGACUUGAUUUCUCACGCAUUCCCGGAGGACGAAGAGCCGCUCCUGCCUGACUUCAAGGACUUAAACUACCCCGAAUUUCUACCGACGCUGGUGCUGGACUUCGACGGCGUUCUAGCGAAGAUUGGCCACGACCGGACGGGGGGAUACAAGUUGCGGAAGCGACCGUACAGCGAGGCGCUGGUUAAUCAACUCUCCCACUUUUUUGAAGUUGUUGUCUGGAAUGCAGAUCAGCCCCCCGUUGUGCAAACUGCGCUCCAGCAGUGGGGCCUCCCUGUAACUGCCUGUUUGAAUUCCGACAACAUGUCACGAAGACACGGGCGCAAAAUCAAAGAUUUCUCGCGUCUAGGGCGGCGACUAGAUCGUUUGAUUUAUGUGUCUUGCACCGACGAGGGGCUGGACGAUCGCUUUCGGGCCAAUUUUAUUCGGGUCUCUCCAUUUGAGGGGACUGCUGAAGAGAUGUUAGGAGACACGGAAUUAGGGGACUUGCUUAACUUCCUUAAGCACUGUUCCCUCAGCCCUGAAGACGUCCGCCUGAGCAUUGCUCGGUAUGGCGGAGGCGAAGACGGGGGCGUCGGCCGCCGCUACGACGCAGCGAAAAAAGCACAAGAGACAAAGGCAUCUCAGCGCAGAAACAUCGGAAAGCUUUUUGGAAUAAGCUCCUCUCAGGGGCAGGCAGGAGCCCAGGGCUUCCUCCCGCCACCUCAGCAGUCCGCUGCACUAGGGGGGAAGGCAGGCCCGUUCGGCAGUGGGGCCCUCCGCUAG